AUGGCAGAGGAGAAACAGGAUGCCACCCAGCCGGCGGCAAAGGCCCCGGCGGAGAUCAAUGACGCGCCGCCAGAUGUCGAGUCCCAAAUUAGGACUGCUAUGCGGUCUCGCGUCGACUACUUCAAAGAUCUAGCAGAUUCUCUGACAUUUGAGGGAGUAAGGAGGGUUUUGGAAGAGGACUUGGGUCUGGAGAAAUUUGCUUUGGAUGUGCAUAAGAGAUUUGUGAAGCAAUUGCUGCUGGAGUGCAUGCAGGGCGUUACUGAUGGGAGUGACCAGCAGGAUUCAACAGAAAUGGUUUCAAAAGCCGCAUGUUCAAUUGAAGAAGAAGCAUCAGAAAUACCUGGAGGUGAUGUAUCAAAAAUUGACUCAAAGAAUCAUGACAGUGAGGAGGAGAAAAUGGAAGAUUCCCCUGUAAUGGGACUUCUGACUGGACAUAAGAAAUCUAAAACGGAAAGUAUUAGAACCAAAGAUAUUGAGAAGAAAGUGCCAAAUGAGAGCAUCAUAAAAAAGGCCAUUUUGAAGAGGGCUUCAUAUAUUGGAGCUAACUCUGAAAGCAUUACAAUGGCUGGACUGCGUCGACUUCUAGAGGAAGAUCUUAAACUUGAUAAUGGUGCACUUGAUCCGUUCAAGAAGUUUAUAAGCACUCAGUUAGAUGAGGUAUUGCAGUCUCCUGAAGUCUAUGCUUCAAAGAAGAAAACUGUGAUGAAUAAAUCUCAGGAUAGAAGUGCUAAAAGAGUGAGCAGUGAUGUGAGAUCAGAUUCAUCAGGCAAGGAUGAUGAUGAAGCAACACAUAAACGUAAGGUUGCUUCAAAAGAGAAGACAGUGAACAGUGAGGGACCAAAAAAACGAAAAAGGUCUGGGAAGGAAUCCAAGGCAUCUGCUAAGAAGCAAAGCAAGCCUUCAAAAGCUCCAUCACAUAACAAUAGCGAAUCGGCAGAUGAAGAAAAUGCAUCUGACAAUGGUGAUUCUCAGUCAUCGCAAGAAAAACCAGUGAAGAAAAGGGAAGCUUCUACUCCUGCCCCGACAUAUGGAAAGCGUGUGGAGCAUCUCAAAUCUGUUAUCAAAUCUUGUGGGAUGAGUAUUCCGCCAGUUAUAUAUAAGAAGGUGAAGCAGGUGCCUGAAAAUAAACGCGAGGCAGAGCUAAUAAGAGAGCUGGAGGCUAUACUUUCUAGAGAAGACUUGUCAUCAAAUCCUUCUGAAAAAGAAAUAAAAGAAGUUAGGAGGAGAAAGGAGAGAGCCAAAGAACUUGAGGGCAUUGACAUGAGCAACAUUGUGUCCAGUUCACGGAGGAGGUCAACAAGCAGUUAUGCCCCUCCUCCUAAGCCACCCAAAGUACCUAUAGAAAGUGAGAGCGACAGUGACGAAGCAGAGGACAAAGAUGAUGAAGAAGAUGAUGAAAAUAACGAGGAUGAAGAUGCAGACAACGAUGUUGAUGAAGAAAGCCAGAGCGACGAGGAACUUGACGAUGAUGGUAAGUAA